AUGCCGACAGGUCACUAUUAUAGUCAAGAAACAAAAGAAUUAAUAUUCAAUGUAAUUCAAUUUAUUGAAGGGGAGAAAAAUGGACCAAAAAUACCAUUAUAUAAUGUCAAUGAUCGUAUAGUGGCUGCACUUCAAAUAUCGCAUGGUUCAAUGGCGAAAUUGAAAAAUGAAAUGAAACAGCUACAAGAAGAGCAACAAAUGGAUCUGGAACAUAAGUUACUUGAACAACAACAACAACAACAACAACCAUAUGUACUUGCACAAAAAUAUAAAACUGAGCGUUUGCGUCCACGAUCAUCAUCACCAUUUAUAACACCAAAAAAUGAUCAUUUUACAAGUAUGGAUACUCCUCGUGCAGUUGCGAAAUCGCCGUUAAAACAUGGUGGCGGAGCUAGUUUGAAAAUUUCUUUAACUGAAUAUGAAGAAGAUUUGAUAAGGCAAGUUUCUACUGAUUCAUCUUUUCCAUCUCAAUAG